GUGGUGCCACGUCUCAUAAGAACGACUGAUCAUUUCAUCAGUUUUCAUCUUAAAUUGCUUCUUAUACGAGCUUGUUCUUGAUCAAAAAGGAAAGUUUGUCCUGUGAACAUUAAUAAUUGCCAAGAAUGGCUGCAAAAUCUUUUAUAUUAGGUCUUACAUUAUUUCUUGUGCUUCUGACUUGUUGUUAUGCUCCACCGGUACAACCAAAGAAAGAAAAAGCAGAGAAAGACGAAAAUGAACCAGAAUACGCCAGAUACCUUAGACAAGUCGUAGAAAUACUAGAAAAAGAUGACGAUUAUGUUAAAAAGCUUAUGAAUGCUUCAGAUGAAGAUUUGAGGUCGGGUAAAGUCGCCGACGAUUUAGACUUUGUAAAGCAUGAUGUUCGGACCAAGCUGGAUGAAUUGAAAAGGCAAGAAAUCGAGAGGCAAAGACAAAUUCGUCGGCAAAUGAACGAUCACCAAGCUGGUCUAACUGAACGUGAACACUGGAAUCCUGUAUUUGAUGAUGAUAAUCCUGACUUCUUUGGACCAGAUGAUUUUAAAAAGCUUCUUGCCAAGCACCACAAUGAAAUGGACAAAAGAGAUAAAGAAAGAAAAGAGGAUUAYAAAAAAUAUGAAAUGGAAAAAGAACAUAAGAGAAGAGAGAAAUUAAAGGAGAUGGAUGAGGCACACAGGAAGGAAGCUGAGGAGAAAUUCAAAAAAGAGCAAGAAAGACACAUKGAAGAAGCCAAGAAACUCCACCAUCCAGGAAGCAAAGCUCAGCUUGAGCAAGUUUGGGAAGAAAGUGAUGGUUUAGACAAAAACGAAUUUGAACCUAAAACAUUUUUCAAAUUGCAUGAUAUCAAUGGAGAUGGCUACCUAGACACUGGUGAGCUUGAAGCCCUUUUUGUUAAAGAGGUUGGUAGACUCCAUGAUCCAAAAUCUGAAGAUUUCGAUAAAAGAGAAAGGGAUGAAGAGUUAGCAAGAAUGCGCGAGCAUGUCAUGAAUGAGAUUGACAAAGACAAAGAUGGCUUCGUAUCUAAAGAUGAAUUCCUUGCAGCAAGCAAAAGUGAUGACUUUGAGAAAGAUGAAGGAUGGAAAAGCGUUGAGCAACCAGACCAGCGACCCUACACUGAUGACGAACUGGCAGAAUUUGAAAAGAGCUUACAAGAAGAGGAGAAAAACAGAGAAGAACACAAAGACUCACAAACACAGGAACACCAUGACCAGCCACAAGAACAACAUGACCAAGCUCAAAAGGACCACGACAAGCAAGAAGAGAAACAUUAAAUGAACAUUUUAAUUUACUCCAUUCACUCCUGAAGGUGUGCUCCUGAAACGAUCCUUUACCCACAUCUAAAGUUCAAACACUAAAAGUGUGCAAUAUAAUUUUUAUUGGUCGAGAGUCGACCACGUGACACGAUAGUGGCCUUCACGGAGGGGUAGUAUUAGUACAUAGAGUCUAAUUUUUCUUGUUGAAUAUUAAAAACAAUAGAGCAGUUGAAAUGUCGGGCGUUAUUAAUCAAUAGUUGAGUCGGGGGCAUUWUGCUGUGACAGUUGUCCGAGAUUGUUGUCUGGAUUUUCCGAAAAGCAAAUAGUCUCCCGAGAAUGCAGGGGCACCCAAUUUCCAAGGGCAACUAUCACAGCAAAAUGCCCGAAAUUUUAACUGCUCUAUUGCUUUUAGUAUUCAAGCACAAAAUUUCUGAAGCGAUGGGCUCUAUGCACUGAUAGUACCCAUCCGCUGCCGGCACUAUCGCGUCUUKUGAACAACUUUUGGCCAAUGAGACCAGAGGAAAAAUGUUGUUGAUUUGUAAACUGUGAUAGUUACCUUUGGAAACUGGAUUUCCCUCAAAACUUUAUAGUCGCCCGAGARCAUAGUUCGCCUCGUGCAGCUAUCACAGCGUAAUGGCCUCGAUUGCACACUUUAGCAAUGUUUAGAUGAUAGAUCGUUAAACCCAGUGAAAUGUUAAUGUUAUUUUCUUUUUGUUAAUUGGACUAUUAUUAUACCGGACUGUGACAUUUUGUUUGGAAGUCAAUACAAUGAAUUUCUUACACUCAGAAAAAUMAGAGUUUUAGCAAAAUUGAACUUUACUGCCUUUACUGUACUGGAUAAUAAAACCGAGGCCAUUUUGAUUUAUCUGUAUCCUUGACCAAUCACAUUGCAGUCUUUAGGUCAAGUUUCUUGGAGUCAUACAGUGAUAUUACAAAUGGUAACGUAAACAUUGGAUUCGAUAACGGUUUUAACUGUUUUAGUUCUGUUUGGAUUCACCGUGAUCUGAUUGGUCAGGUUUACUUAAGUGGCCCCGGUCUCAUUAGUUUCCGACGUUGACAAGUGUCGGUCAAAUUUUAUUUGUAAUUAACUCUUCUCCAGUUAUGUCAACCGUAAAGAAGUUGAWGAAGUGCUGUAAAUUUUCCACAUUGAUUUACCAGUAUAUCCUACCUGUUCGUAUUAUUCUGCGAGUGUCCGUUGUUCCAUUAUUUCCCAGUCAUCUUUUCAUACAAAAACUACUGAUUGACGUCAAUAUUGAUAACCACAACUAUAUGAUUAUUUGUGGGAUAUUUUAGCAGGACGUGAURUAACGUUCCUUGAAAACGCAACGUGCUAGGGCUUCUUAGUCCAAUGUAAACUACCCCUAAACUUCUAUAUUAGCUACAUUACUUGUAAAUAGUAGAUACAUUAAGUUAGGUCGUGAGCAUGCAUGUCUUUCUGAAUUUACAAUUCAUUUAUACAGCAAUAAAAAAAUGUUAUUUUUACUUUA